AUGAGAAAAACCAAAGGUCGUCAAAAAAUAAAAAUGGUUAAAAUUGAGAAAGAAAAUAACCUUCAAGUUACGUUUUCCAAAAGAAAAGAUGGUCUUUUUAAAAAGGCUAAUGAGCUUUGCACACUUUGUGAUGCUCGUGUCGCUAUUAUUCUGUUUUCACCUAGUGGAAAAAUGUACUCGUUUGGUCAUACAACGGUGGAAACAAUAAUACAUCAGUUUGAAAGUAAUGAUCACCCACUGAACAACCCACAACCCAAUAUGCAACUCGGUGAAAUCCAUCAAAAUUCUACAGUUCGAGGUCUGAACAAUCGUCUUACUGAGGUGAUGAACAACCUAGAAUCUGAGCAAAAAAAAGGUGAAGAGUUGAAGAAACUAAGAAAAAAAUCCAAAAUACCUGAGACUUGGUUGAAAGAAUCCAUUGGAGGACUUGACUUAGGUCAAGCCAAAGAAUUCAAAGAUAAACUUGAAAAUUUGAGGAAACAGGUGAUAUAUGAAGCUUUCAAAAUCUUUCUAGCAACACCAUUUCCUCAUCCUGGCUUUUAUGGGGGAAGCUCUAGUAAUGCUCCUUUUGGGGUUGAUGGUAACGUGAAUGCUUUCGACAACCAUAACAUGAUUCUCCCCAAUCAUUCUUCACCAUUUGGAAACUAUAGUCGUAUUGAGGGAUUUGUCCCCAGAUUCAACCAUAACAUGGCUCUCCCCAGUCAUCCUAAUCCGAAUGAAUCUGGAAAUGAACAUCCUCAUGAUGGCCAUCCUCCUCAGCCUAGAUCGGAUUAAUAUUAAUCAUCUCUAAUGUGAUGCAGUUGAAGCCUUUAGACAAAAUCAUGUUCUAGUUUAUCCUCAUCUCUCCUAU